AUGGCAGACACAGCAAUGACAACAGACGCCCCAAACGAACCCUUCACCCUCCAAGAACGAAUCCAACAACUCUGCGAAAUCGACACCCAAAUAGUCUCCCUAAUGUCCCACACCUCAUCCGCCCUCUCCGCCCUCGGCGCACCCCCAAAGCCCUCCCCAUCAUCAGACCCCUCAAACCCAUCCGCUCCUCCCCCCCAACCAUCAUCCUCCUCCUCCCAAACCCAAACCUUCAAAACCUCAAUGGACGCCCUCCUCUCCACCCUGCACACAGUAGACGUCCACAUGAAGCGCCAAAUCCUCGCCCUCGAAGAAGCCUCCAUCAUCAAGCUCCGCAACGACGCGGAUCCCAAAACCCGACAACCCGUCAUGAACGAGGACGCCAAAAUCGUCGCCCGACCCUCCCUCGAACCCAACGGCGUCGGCACCAUUGGUAACCUCGACGUUGGGUGGCUCAAUAGCCGCAACAACAAGGUCGAGCGCGACAUGGAGGCCGAGUUGUGGGCCAAGAUGAGGGAGCUGCUGGAGCGGUAUCACGCCAAGGAGGUGGCCGAAGGAGCUGGUGGUGGUAUCAAGGAUGAGAGGAUGCAGGAGUGA